AUGAAGCGGCAAGGAGGCCCGUUCCCGCCCCGCGGCGGACAGAAAGGAAACGUCUCCUUCUCGGAGAAGCGCCGACGGCUCAACGUCGACGGGAAAGGCUGCAAAGGCGUUUUCCUGACGACAAACACGAGCGAGAAGCACGCCAUCCGCGAGUUCAUGAACCUCAUUCAUCAGUAUCUCCCGGACAAAGAUGCGCAUAAUGCGGAGGCGCAUGCCGAACGGAGUGCAGCGGACGAAGUAACAGAUGCGCUGAAGAGCGAGCUUGCAAGCCUCCAGCGGCACCAGAAGCGCUUUGUUCCGAUGAAGGAUCUUCUCAAAGGGGCCAUUUUCAUUCAGUUCACGCACGACGACGACAUUCCAUCGGCGAUUCUUCACGGCCUGAUGACGCGCAUUCUCGAAGAGCCUGGCGUCUUCUCCUGCAGACACAUUUCGCGGAUUCUGCCGGUGGACGCGACGGCGGAGCCCACGCUCGAGGGCCUGCGGCGAAUCGUGAGGAUGCUGGUCGCGACCUCUAUGCCUUUUUCGCGGGCGGCGCAGCGCGUGCGCGACGGCGAGAGCGACGCGCGUCCAGCAGACUCCGCCGCGAGCGGGCAGGAUGGAGCCCAAGCGCCGGAGACCGGCGCGGCGGCGGCGGCGCCCAGCGGCGCGAAGGAGACAGACGGCAACACGACGGAGGAGACAGAGGGCGACGCGGCGAAACCGAAGGAGACUGGCGAAGAAGCGAAGGGCGCAGCGCAGGACUCCGAGGCGCCGAGCAUCGUAUCGACCUGGUCUUGCCAGUAUACCAGCCGCAGCUUCGACACCGUGAAAAAACAAACCGUGCUGGAUCUCCUCGCGGACGAAGUCGGUCCCGCGUACAAGGUCAACAUCCGCGAAGCAGAAUUCUCCAUCGUCGUCGAGUGCAAUCCGGUUUUCUUCGGCGUCGCUAUGGCUCACGACUUUGGCAAGCUCUUCCGCUACAACCUCCAUCGCUGCUGUCAUCCCGAGGAGGUUCAAGCUGAGAAGUCCGCUCUCGCCGGUGCGCCGUCAGUCGCCCAGGCCGCAGCGGAGGCCGCGGAGACCGCACCCGUCGAGCCUCAGAAGGCGGACGCCGCCGCAGCGCAGGCAGAAGAAAGCGACGCGAGCGCCACGAGUGCGGAUGCAUCCGCCAGUGUCCCCUCCGUGGAGGCGUAG